ACUCCUCGUCUUUCUCUCUCUAAAAUCAGUCUCUCUCAGCUAGCAUACCUUUCUCUCUCUACAGUCCCUCCCCUUCGCAGACCUUAUUCUCUCUCAACCCUCGUAAAAACCCUCUCUGUCUUGGGAUCAAUCCAUUUCCGAUUGUUUGAUCACAAUUUCUGCGUGCCUCGUUCCUUUUGAAAUCGCGCUCUCUCAUUUCUGCAUCUCUCUCAACCGCUUUUCUCACUUUUUUCAUCUUUCUCUCUCCCCUUUUAUCAGUUUGUGCACCUCGAUCUUUUUGAAUUAUCUCUUUCUCUCUCUAAAAUAGAGUGAGAAUGGGGACGAGAGAGUCUUACAGAAUGGAACUUCGUGCUGCUAUCCACCAACUCGGAGAGCGUUGCCUCUACUCCGCUGCUAAAUGGGCAGCCGAACAAUUAGUAGGAAUUGAACAUGACAUAACAAAAAGCACUCCUUCACAACAUCGAUUCUGUAGAGAGAGUUCGAGUAUAAAAAUGAGGCUCCGAAGGAAUGAGGUUUCGGCUACCCCACCAGCUGGGGUCUCAUAUGUGGGUACCCCAAUAUUAGAGGAGGAUGAUAUAGAAAAUGAUUUUUUUUUGUUGGCAAAAUCAUAUUUUGAUUCGAGGGAGUAUCGAAGAGCGGCUCAUGUCCUUAGAGGUCAUAAAGGGAAGAAGGCCAUCUUUUUGCGAGGCUAUGCUCUCUAUUUGGCUGGGGAAAAGCGGAAAGAAGAAGAGAUGAUCGAGCUUGCAGGUCCCUUAGGCAAGAGCGAGACUGUGAACGCUGAAUUGGUCGGUCUCGAAAGGGAGCUCUCCACUGAGCGCAAGAAGGGCACCAUUGAUGCGUUUGGUCUAUACUUGUAUGGAGUUGUGCUUAAAGAGAAAGGGUGUGAAGACCUUGCUCGAACCGUUUUCGUGGAAUCCGUCAAUGAAUACCCAUGGAACUGGAGUGCCUGGUCAGAGCUCCAGUCCCUGUGCACCACCCUCAACAUUUUAAACAGUCUCAACCUAAAAAACCACUGGAUGAAAGAUUUCUUUCUUGCUAAUGCCUAUUUAGAACUCAAAAUGUUUAAUGAAGCCCUAUCAAAGUAUGACUCUCUUCAAGGAAUUUUCAGGUUUAGUGAUUAUAUUCAGGCCCAAGUUGCCACUGUCCAAUACAAUCUAAGGGAGUUCGAUGAGGCAGAAUUGAUAUUUGAGGAAUUGCUAAGAAGCGAUCCUUAUCGGGUUGAGCACAUGGAUAUUUACUCAAAUGUACUGUAUGUAAAGGAAUGUCCAGCCGCUCAAAGCUACCUGGCACACAAGGUGUUUCUCACUGAUAAAUAUCGGCCUGAGUCUUGCUGCAUUAUUGGGAACUAUUAUAGUUUAAAAGGGCAACAUGAAAAGGCCGUCUUAUAUUUUCGUCGGGCAUUGAGAUUGAACCGUAAGUAUUUAUCGGCAUGGACACUUAUGGGUCACGAGUAUGUUGAGAUGAAGAACGCACCUGCAGCAAUUGAUGCUUAUCGCAGAGCAGUUGAUAUCAAUCCUCGCGAUUGUCGUGCUUGGUAUGGGCUGGGGCAAACUUAUGAGACAAUGGCGAUGCCCUAUUAUGCGCUAUAUUAUUUUCGGAAGUCUGUAUAUUUACAGCCCACCGAUUCGCGACUGUGGAUUGCAAUGGCACAGUGUUAUGAGACUGACCAGUUACACAUGCUUGAAGAGGCAGUCAAGUGUUAUAAGAGGGCGGCGCACAAUAACGAUACCGAAGGAAUUGCCAUCCAUAGGCUUGCCAAGCUCCAUAGCAAGCUUGGGCGCAACGACCAGGCGGCCAUAUACUAUAAGAUGAAUUUGGAGAAGAUGGAAGCUGAACAAAGAGAGGGGCUGGAAAUGGUCGAGGCGCUCCUCUUCUUGGCCAAUCAUUGCAAGACAGAGAAUAGCUUUGAAGAAGCGGAAAUGUACUGCACCAGGCUUCUUGACUAUUCAGGGCCAGAGAAAGAAACUGCUAAGAGCCUUCUUCAAGGGAUGAGAAGUACACCACCAUCUGGUUAUCUAUUAACAAACAUGGAUCAUUUUGCUCCAUGAGCUCGAUAUUUCCACAGGAUCUAAGUCUUGUUCAGGAUUUGGGGUGAUAGGUGUUAUUUUUUAUGUGCAAAUCUCACUGAAGGUUGCUUUUAGUUUGCACUUGAGCUCAAGAAAAUUAUCUACUAAGAGGUACGACUCCUUCAAUCUCUCCCAUUAUGUAACAUCAAUCCGUGUGGGGCAAUUUUAAGAAGAAAACAAGAGCUCUCCUUGCUUGUUACCAGAAAAAAUUCAUGUCUAUAUUGGGUAUUUGGCUCUGAAUAAAAUCAGAUUUCAUCUGUUGCCUACAUGAUCUCUCUCUCUCUCACACACACACACACUAACACUAGCAGAGGGCUCAAACUUUGGGAUGUUACUUGACGAUGGCUGGCUUGACAAAUUUGGCUCUCUUGCUUCACAAUCGAACUUUGAAUGUCAUACCAUCUUAUCUCUUCCUCCCUGAAUUACUUUCAUGUUUCCUAUCAAUCAUUUGUGGAUGAUAACUUCUAGUAGAGAUAUCAUCACAACGUGCUGACUUUUUGUUCGUGAAGCAAGUUCCGUUCUUACCAUAGGUAGGGGGAUCCCUUCCCCACUGAAUUACCGAAAAAAAGAAGCAAGUUUCGAUAUUUCUUAUAGGGAAUCACUCUAGUUGAAUGCGAGAGUUGCAGGGCCAUGCUCGAUUUAAGGAAUCCAAAGGGAUAUGAAUGAAGCUUGCGCACUCUCUAUGACAUCUUUUACGAAUUGCUGAAUCUUAGAGACCAAUGAUGUCAAGUGUCGGAACGGAGGAAAAAAUAUAGUAAGUGGAAGGACUGAGAAGGCCAAUUCCAGUGCAAGCAUCUUCAAUGUAAAGUUAUGGUACCCGUGGUUUUAUGCACGAGAUGUAUCUGCUUUCAUCAGCCAUUGAAUCCCUUCAUACUUGUUGAAAGAAAUGCUUGUGGACACAGGAGGGGUGGAGAGAGAGAGAGAGAGGUGGUGUCGGUGGAUGAGGCUAUCACCUAUCAGGACGUCAUUUACAGAGUUGAAGGUUCUUCGGAUGAUUAUAGCUAUCCACUCCUAUAGUUGAAUGAUGCAAAAGUCAAAGGCCGAUAUUUCUUAAGUAGUGUUAUUAAUGAGGGUUUCUGGUACAUGUUCAAAAAAAGAAUGAAGGUCUUUGGUAAGUACGCCAAGUGGCUUGAAUCAUGCGGCUGCCCUGGUUUUCAACAGUUUCAGGAACCCAAAAACAUCAAAUUCAUUUUCAGCCCAAACCAUGAAUUUGGAGCUCCAUGGAUACUGUAGAUGUGAUAUUCUUUGAAGAACUGAAAUGGGCAACCCAGGAAAAAGAAGAAAAUAGUAGAUAGGAAAG